AUGCGUACCCGCCGGCGCCUGAUGCGCCACCAGUGCCUGCGUUUGGCCAGCGCCCGAGCAGGCAGUCCAGUUUACCUGACUCAGACGCUCACAGUUCUUCGCAUGGUGACCGCCAUGCUGCUGACAACACUCGAGAGUGGAGUGAUCGUUGGCAGGGUCGAGGGGGCGAUCAGCACGGCCAGCCAUGGGGAAAUGGUUGGACGAACACUGGUCGCUGGGAUGAUGGCUACCAACAUGGCGGCAGUGAUCGCCGUGGCAGCUGGGAAGCUUCUACGGCGGCAGAUUCGCACCGCGGUGGGCUAUGGAAGCCCGACGACCCUUGGAGCGACGGCAAGGAUCCUUGGUCCACAGGGGCGGACCAGCAAGACGGAUGGCGACGGCACCGCGAAGGCAACGGAUGGCGAGAACCUCACCUACAUCCCGCGGCAGAUGGUCGAGCUGGAGGACUACCGGGGAGCGAUCACGGAGACCAACACCGUGGUCAGUGGAGUGGCGCCCUGGACGAGCCUUGCCAGGGCCUCCGAGAAGAUCGCGGUCCCGACGUUCUCCGGCGAAGACCUGGGACUCGUGCUUUACCAGAGCUUAACGGGAAAAGCUUGGGUUGCUGCCGAGGAGCUGUCUGUCAGUCGUUUAGGUUCCAGCGGCGGCGUCGAGUACUUCGUUGCGUGGCUGAACGCAAGGUUCCUGGACUUGGAGAUCGCACGCAUUGGCAGGGCGUUUAGUGACUUCUUUAGAAAGCUCAGGAGACGUAAUGGCCAAAGCAUCCGGGAGUACAACAGCGAGUACGACAGACUUCAUGCACGCCUCAGAGAAGUCGGGUGCUGCCUACCACAAGAGUGUGCGGCUUGGCUUUAUGUCGAUCGUCUGCAAUUGGACGAACCCCAAGAGCUCAACCUCCUCUCGAGUGUCGGAAAUCAAUACAACCUUCUGAAGCUUCAACAGGCCGCAGUAUUGCACGAUCGUGGACACCGCAAGCCAUGGGAAUCCAAAGGUAGACGUCCCUACACCGCCCACCUCACGGAGGAAGCUGCCGAUGAAGACGAUGCGGAGGACCGCGACGAGCUCUACGACCAGCUUGACGGCGAUGAAGGGAUACCGGAGGAAGUGGCCGUGGCUUAUGCCACGUACCAGAGCGCAAAGGACAAGUACCGCGAGCAGGCCAAGAGCAGGGGCUACUACGGCGAGCGCAACGGGCCCAGCGCGGGAAAGGACAAGGGAACUGGAGGCCAGGCCGGGACUUCGCGUGAGGAGAAGAUCAAGCUGAUGAAGGCCAGGUCGUACUGUAUGAGCUGCGGAAAGAAGGGCCACUGGCACAAGGACGCGGAGUGCCCCAAUCGUGGGGCAAAGGAGGUUGAGAUGUGCCAUCAUGUGCCCUCGGAAGUCUACGCGCUCAGGCACAACGGCCCCAUCCUCGUCGGCAUCACCGACACGGCGUGCGCUAAAUCUGUGGCGGGGACCACAUGGCUACAGCAGUACAGCGACUUGGUGAAGGACACCCUGGGGAAACCAGAGUUCGUCCGAGAAUCCGAGGCCUUCAAGUUCGGGACCGGCAAAGUGCAUCACUCCGCCUUUUACGUGAUCGUGAAGUUCGAGCUUGGAGGCAAGGUGGUUGAAAUGAAGACUUCCAUAAUCAACGGUGACAUACCGCUGCUGCUCUCCAAGGGUGCUCUCGCUCAACUAGGAAUGGUGUACGAUGUCGCGGCGAAUCGGGCCAGCUUCAACAAGGUCGGGUUGGCCGACUUCGACUUGGUGACUACCUCUUCAGGUCACCCAGCUAUCCCGAUAGCACCGCCCAGCUCAGAGAGCGACGGCGCCAAGCUUGUCAUUUCUGACUCAGCAGUGUCGACCGCUCGUGCAUACAUGACGUUUGCAGUGGCUUGUCCUAGGUUUCCGGCUACGACACAAGGUUCAAUGGGCCCUCCACCACAUCUACUACUUCUACGGCUCAUGGUCAACAAGGUGAAGGCUACGUCGUUCUUGUCUUGGUGGGAAGGUACGAAGAUCACUACCGACUUCUGGUUGGAGAGCGACAUGGACACGCCAUGCAAACCCCCGGCCAUCUCGAAGAUGACGAAGGUACAGCUUCUGGAGGAGUGUACGCGGGUCGGGUUGGUCGUGCACCGCAGCUGGUCAGUGGAAGAGAUCAAGGCGGUGAUCCAAGAGCACCGCAUGGCGAGCGCAGCAACGAGCCCUGGAUACCGCAUGAAGUCCAUCACGAGCCUCAACCUUCCAGAGCUGAAGAUGAAAGCGGACGAGCUCGGGGUGCUGUACCCGGACAAGGUCACCAAGGGCAACCUCUUGCGCUUGGUCCGAGAUCACGUGACGACGCCGGCCACGGAGUUGAUGAAGAUCGGGCGCUAUACCGGGUGGGAGUAUGGCGAGAUCCCGCGGCAGUACGGGAUGUGGGCCGCCCGAGAGACCCGAAUGAGCCCGAAUCCGCACCCGGAGCUCGUGAGGUUUGCGCGAUGGUGGGAGAACAAGGAGCACGAGACGCACUAUGGCGCCAGCAUCACCUUCGAAGAGAAUGCGACCGUUCCCUACCGCCCCGAGGACGAGUCUGCGGCGACGAGCGAUGCCCAGAGUUCCAAGUGGAGCGAAUCCAAGGUCGGCUACAGUCCCGAGAGAGACGCUCGACCGGUCCCACCGAAGGCGAAGAGUCCAUCGCCGGGGCUCCACGAUUGGAGGGGCGACCGCGACUGGAAGUUGACCUACAAUCCGGACCGCGAGGGGUACCCGAUUCCGCCGAAGAUCAACAAGUGCACGUCCUCCGGCAGCACGAACAACGAGGCGAUGGAGGCCGAGAUGGAUCCCCACACGCUCGAGGAGAUCCAGCAGCUGGAGGCACGACUGGCCGUUUUGAAGGACAAGGCAAAGGGAGUCCCGCUCCUGGUGGUAGUUACGACUACGGCGGGACGAGUCAGAGCACUCUUGAUGGCCGACCGCGAGAACAACAACCUCAUCCACGCCUACAAGGGCUUUCCCCCGAUCGGCCUCAAGGUCUUCCCAGUGCUCUACUACCUGAACGGGAGCUGUUGCUCGAGGGACGACUACACCAUCGAGCACGACGUCUUCAUCACCGAGCAGCAGCUACUGAGCGGAAAAGGCGAGCAUUUCCGGAACUACGCUAACGGGCCCCGUCAACAACCAGACGACGACCUCUUCACUCAGGCCAUCGCGGACUGUGACUACUCCAACGACACCCUCUUGAAGCUCCUCGAUGGCAUGGACUUCCCGAAGGUCAAGACAGCAAGAGACGAGGUGUUUGGCGAGCAGGGCGCUCGAGUUCAGUACCGGACUCUUGGACUGUACUCGCAUGGCGGAACUUUCGGCGUCACCACUGGUACAAAGCAGAAUGGGUCUAUGGUCCGCUACCUGAACGAGUUCGCCAGGAGACGUCUUGGGAAGGAUGCUACAUGGACAUCGGUGACCCUUGGUCGGAAUGCGAGCACCCAGGUCCACCACGACUUCCACAACCUCAGAGGGAGCCGCAACUACACGAUGUCCCUUGGACAGCAGUCUGGCGGUGAGCUUUGGUUGGAGGACCGAUCUGUCCAGGAAAAGGAGAUCGGCAGCGAUGUUAAAUGGAGACGGGCCGGCACCGGCCAUUGGUUGCCGGGAAGACUCCACGACACCAACGGCAAGUUCUACGACUUCGACCCCUUCCUCAAGCACGCGACCGAGCCAUGGGUCGGUGACAGAUGGAUGCUCACCUUCCACUCGACUCGGAACUACCCGAAGGCUUCCGGAGGCCUGAGGGGCUACCUCAAGAACUGUGGCUUCCCCUUGCCCAAGUCCGACAAGAAGGCCCGGUUCGAGACCGCAGACAAGCAGCGCCCUCGGAGGAGUACUAGGAAGGCUUUGUUCAACAAUGCCGCGCGGAUCAGCGUGAUGAUGGCCAGCUUCAUUUGCGCUGCCGGGAACUACCUCAACGAGCAUGUCUAUCCGCAGGUCGACUACCAGCCCAUUGUCGUCUUCGAGAUCGGCGGCACCGAGGCCACGGAGGAAGCGGUUGCCCUGUCAAAGGACGUGUUCGAGCCGAUGACUUGGGAAACCUACCGGUCACCAGAAGGAAAGGAGACCGCGCACCACAUCAUCAAUGGAGGGACGCCACGUGAACUUCGACUACACCUCCGAGGAAGGAGCCCCCAGUGCGACGAAGCCGUUACCGAGCUCAUCCGGCAGCAACUUGGUGAGAAUGGUACAGUGGUCAUCGACGGGCCUACGGACGAUGACCUCCUCCGCAACGAGCGCUUCCGCGGAAUACAAGAAGGUCAUAAGCAGUACAACCAGGAGAAAGACGGCAGCUUCCUCCUCAUCCUUUUCAAGAGCAACCCCGACAGCAUCGCCAUCGAGAGGGACGACCGGGUUCACGAUGUAUGUGUUGUUGGUGCUGGAGAAGGCGAAAGAGUUGGAUCAUGA